AUGGCUUUUGUUAAUGCUAACAACAUAGAACAAAUCGUCGAAAGCAAUUCGAUCAAUUAUAUCGAAGAAUCAGCAGGACCAGAAGCGAUUUAUAACAAACGCGAAACACGCAAUGCUGUUAUCAACGAUGAUAAACAAGAUCAGAAUCUUGAAAAAAUAGUUAAACAAAGCAUCAGAAAAUCUAGACCAAGAAAAGAAGUUGAUGAACAAGAUCCCGCAAAAUCAUUUUUAGAAAAAUGGAAAUUUAAAGAUCCGGGAAUAUGUUGUGUGUGUCUUGAGGGUGCAACUGAUGUAGGAAAUAUGUUGGUGUAUUGUGAUGGACAGAAAUGCGAGGUUAUAUGUCAUCAAGAAUGUCAUGGUAUAAAAAACUUACCUUCUACAGAUGAUCCUUGGUAUUGUGACAAAUGUCUUGCAAAACCAUCUGAAGUGGUGUCAUGUAUUUUAUGUCCGAAAAAAACUGGAGCAUUUCGCCGAUUACAUGAAGAAGAUGAUUUCAAAACGAAUUCAUGGGUUCAUUUGGUUUGUGCUUUAUGGAUGCCAGGAAUGUGGAUAGCCAAUACUCAAGGAUUAAAUGAGUGCUCUAUCAUUAGUGUUGAAAAGACAAAUUGGAUAAAGGAUUGUUGUAUAUGUCCUAAAGAACUUGCUAGUCAAGGUGCGACUGUUCAUUGUGAUGCAGGCGGCUGUAAAAAUUGGAUACAUGUAACUUGUGCUCAAUCUUAUAAUCUUUUGGAAUAUGAGGAUGAUUCUGAAAUGUCAGAUCCUUAUUUUGUUUAUUGUAAAGAACAUUGUUCACAAGCUGGCACUGUUCGUUUAAAUGAAUGGGAAAGGUGGAUUUUAAAACGUGAUAAAUUUUUAGACAAUGUUAGGUCUGAAGAGUUACAAAAAAGAAACAAUAAACUCACAAGUGAGUUAAUAGAUCAAGGAAAAAUACUCAGGGAAAUUUUUGAAGAUAAUUAUUCUGAAUACCAGAAACGUCGAGAAAAACAAAUAGUCAAACUUAGAAAAAACGUUGCUCAGCUAUAUUCAGAGUAUAAAGGAGAUAAGGACAAGAUAAGUAGAGGGGAGGAGCAAAUUGAAUCCUUGGAACAAAAAAAAAGGACUGUAAAAUCAGAAACAAUCGAAUUAGCAAAUUAUUUAAACAGAUUAAGAUUUAGAGUAAAAGCUUUUGUUGAAAAGAUGAUUAAAAAAGAUGCAGAUGAUAGCAAUAUCAUUAAUAAUAAUGUUGAGAUAAAACAAUAUACUGAAUGCUCAACUUACAAAGAAGCAGAAAGACAAAUAAGAGAUGGAUUAAUAGAAAAGUCAAUGAUUGAAAUUCAACGAUUAUUGGCUAAAUUGCCAAAUUCAAUAUCAGAUUGGAAUAAUAAUAAUGUGGAAGAAGCAAAAACAAUUAAUAUUAAAAAGUUAGAUAUUGAAGAAAUUGAAACAUUAGGAUUAGAUAAUGCUCAAAAAAUUCUUGUUCAAAGACAAAAGGAACGUAAACAAAAAGGUAAAAAGGGUAAAAAAACUACAACAACCGCUACUAAUAAUGGCAAAAGUAAAACACCCAAGAAAAAUCUUAAGGUUUCAAGAACUACUUCAACAUCUUCAAAUAAUGGAUCUGAAGCAUUUGAUACACCAUCAAGAUCAUGUAUUUUAUGUCCAAAAAAAACUGGAGCAUUUCGUAGAUUGCAGGAAGAAGAAGGCUUCAAAACAGAUGCGUGGGUCCAUUUAGUUUGUGCCUUAUGGAUGCCAGGAAUGUGGAUAGCCAAUACUCAAGGAUUAAAUGAGUGCUCUAUCAUUAGUGUUGAAAAGACAAAUUGGAUAAAGGAUUGUUGUAUAUGUCCUAAAGAACUUGCUAGUCAAGGUGCGACUGUUCAUUGUGAUGCAGGCGGCUGUAAAAAUUGGAUACAUGUAACUUGUGCUCAAUCUUAUAAUCUUUUGGAAUAUGAGGAUGAUUCUGAAAUGUCAGAUCCUUAUUUUGUUUAUUGUAAAGAACAUUGUUCACAAGCUGGCACUGUUCGUUUAAAUGAAUGGGAAAGGUGGAUUUUAAAACGUGAUAAAUUUUUAGACAAUGUUAGGUCUGAAGAGUUACAAAAAAGAAACAAUAAACUCACAAGUGAGUUAAUAGAUCAAGGAAAAAUACUCAGGGAAAUUUUUGAAGAUAAUUAUUCUGAAUACCAGAAACGUCGAGAAAAACAAAUAGUCAAACUUAGAAAAAACGUUGCUCAGCUAUAUUCAGAGUAUAAAGGAGAUAAGGACAAGAUAAGUAGAGGGGAGGAGCAAAUUGAAUCCUUGGAACAAAAAAAAAGGACUGUAAAAUCAGAAACAAUCGAAUUAGCAAAUUAUUUAAACAGAUUAAGAUUUAGAGUAAAAGCUUUUGUUGAAAAGAUGAUUAAAAAAGAUGCAGAUGAUAGCAAUAUCAUUAAUAAUAAUGUUGAGAUAAAACAAUAUACUGAAUGCUCAACUUACAAAGAAGCAGAAAGACAAAUAAGAGAUGGAUUAAUAGAAAAGUCAAUGAUUGAAAUUCAACGAUUAUUGGCUAAAUUGCCAAAUUCAAUAUCAGAUUGGAAUAAUAAUAAUGUGGAAGAAGCAAAAACAAUUAAUAUUAAAAAGUUAGAUAUUGAAGAAAUUGAAACAUUAGGAUUAGAUAAUGCUCAAAAAAUUCUUGUUCAAAGACAAAAGGAACGUAAACAAAAAGGUAAAAAGGGUAAAAAAACUACAACAACCGCUACUAAUAAUGGCAAAAGUAAAACACCCAAGAAAAAUCUUAAGGUUUCAAGAACUACUUCAACAUCUUCAAAUAAUGGAUCUGAAGCAUUUGAUACACCAUCAAGAGUAAUCACCAAUAUAAAAACUCAACUAUCCUCCUCAACAAAUUCAACAUCAAAAAUAAUAGACGAACUAACUAAUCAAUUGAAAAAGGCAUAUAAUACUGGCAUGGUACCAUUUCCUGCAUCUAGAAAGAAUAUAUCGGAUUUAAUCAACUUACCUGAAAAUAAUAAUUCAACAAUAAUAACAACAACUUCAAGAAUGAGUGCAUCAUCACCAUCGAAGAAUAGUAAAAACAAGAAAAAGAAUAGUUCUGAAAUAUUUAAAGAUACAUAUGAUUAUUAUAGUAACAAAAAAGUUAGAAAUGAUGAUGAUGAAUAUUAUAAUAGUCAUAGUGGUAAUAUUAAUGGUAAUAAGAAUAGAUCAAAGAUUAUUUAUGGUAGUAUAAUUAGUGGAACUAUAGAAAAUACUAUUUUUAGUGGUAGUAGUAAUCACAGUAAUAGGAAUGUUAGGAAAAGAUCUCAAAAGAAACCAUUAAUGAGAAAAAGAAAGAAAAAUGGAAAUAGUUCUGACUCUUCACAACAACAAUACAAACUACCAAGUAGAUAUCCUCAACCUAUAUGUUUCAAAUGUGAUAGGAUUGAACCUCCGGAUGAUUAUCAGCCACCUUCAUAUGUUAAAAAUACAAAAGCUAGCAAUUUAAUGUUAGAAAAGAAAGGUAGAGAUACAGUUAAUAGAAUGAUUAGGUGUAAUUUCUGUACAAAAUGGUAUCAUCUAGCUUGUAUGAAUCCGCCAAGAAAAACGAUGCCUAUCGGGGCAAAAGCAAAAGUUUCAUAUUCAUAA